CUCAUGCACAACACGCACACACACACACACUCAUACAUACACAAGCACAUGCCUGGCCAUUGGCUCCAGCUGCAAAGUCCUUGGUUACACAAGAGGCCUCUGACUUGUGGGUAUCAUGAAGGACUCCUCUCAUGGUCAAGACGUUGCUGUCGACGCGCCAUCCAGUGUGAACGAUCCCGAUACGUUCACAGGAGUAACCGGGGAGCACGUGAAGCAUGCACAUCCGCAUGUUUCGGAGGUGAGUGCCAACAGCAUUGCAUCUGCUUUUUCGGAGACAGUGGCUGCGAGCCGUGAAGCAGGCCCAUUGCUGCUGAGCUCUCUUUGCUUGGUCAGCGUGUUAGAGGGAGCAGACAUGGCAUUGCUGCCAGCCGUCUUCUAUGCACUUCAAAGGGAUUUGGGCCUUCACUUGCAAGACCUGGCCACCAUGACCCUCAUUCAGGGUGUGACGACAUCCGCUGUUGCUCCUUUUUGGGGCAUCCUGGCUGAUAGGGGCAUUAUGAAGAGGAAGCACAUCAUCGUCAUGGGCUGUGUCCUGCAGGGACUGGUGACCAUGCUUCUGUCCGUCAUUGACCAGAUGGUGGGGAUGACAUUGCUUCGAGCCUUGAAUGGGGCACUACUUGCCUCGUUGCGGCCAGUGGCAAGUGGGAUCAUUGCUGAUGUGACCUCGGAACAAAGAAGGGGGAAAGUCUAUGGUGUUGUGCAAUUUUGUACGAAUUGCGGACUCAUGGUUGGAGGUUUGGUUGGCACUCCACUCUCCACGCAAGUAGUGCUUGGCUUCCAGGGUUGGCGCGUUGCCUUCAUUGGGAUCGGCUCCCUUUCAGUUCUGGUGGGCAUAUUUGCAGCCUGCACAAUGACAGAGCCGCCCAGGGAAAGGUCUAUGGCACAAGAUAAGGAUCGGAGUGCUAUGAAGCAAGAGCUGAAGAAGCUGCUAAGCUACUUCCGUAUGCCGACAUUCUGUGCUUUGAUUUUUCAGGGAUGGUUUGGGGGCAUUCCUUGGAAUGCCAUGGGCUAUGCAACCUUGUUUUAUCAAGUUGGAGGAAUUGGAGAUGCCAAAGCUGCAAUUUUGGCAGCGUUGGGUCAGGCAUCUGGUGGCUUUGGUGGCAUUUUGGGAGGCUUGAUCGGAGAUCGCCUUUCGCGCAGCUGUCCACUUCAUGGUCGGCCUCUCACCGCGCAGAUCUCCGUCACGGCUGGCAUUCCAGUUGCCUAUUUGACCUUUAUGGUCGACCCGCCUGAAGGUGACACUGCAUUCUUCUACUACAUGGGGCUAGUCAUAUUCUUGGGGCUCAUGGCAACUUGGUGUGGUGUAGGUGUGAACCUGCCGAUCCUGACUGAAAUUGUACGUCCUGAAGGGAGAUCAACAAUUUUGGCUUGGGAAUCUGCUUUGGAGAGCACAUUUGCUUGCAUCCUUGGAAAUGCAAUGGUCGGCUUUCUGGCAGAGAACGUGUUUGGAUACAGGUUGGAGCAUUCCGAGCAUGCCACGGUGGAUGUAGAGAGCCGACGAGCACUGGGAAAGGCAUUGACACUGACAUGUUUUACCCCAUGGCUCAUUUGCUUGAUUGUUUACUCCUUGCUGCACUGGUCCUACCCAAGGGACAUGAAGCGGGUCAAGCAAGAGAAGCUAAAGGACCGCAAGGAAGCGCGGCUGCAAAGGAAACGCGAAAAAGCUGAGGAGGCAAGAAAAGCCAAUGAGGCCAUCGAAGAAGAGGCGGCUGAGAAACCGGAGGAGGCUGUGGCAACAUCGAACUACACCAUCAUUUGCACGCAUGUAGAUGGAACAAGUGUGUCCAUUUGAGCUGAAGAAGGCUCCCUUCUUCGUAGAGGGGAAGGUCAAAAUUCAAAUUCCCAAUGCCGGCGAGGAAUUCGCACGGCUUUUGUGGCCAAGCUCCACCAGAGUUUGCUUUCAAAGCCCUUACAAGAAG